AUGUAUAAAAAUGUUGGACCGUCACAGUUCAUUGAUCUUACCAGUGAUGAUAGUGAUGACGGUUUGCUUCUUUCUUCAAAUUCUAAUUCUAAUUCUAAUAAUAUAUUCAAGCAACUAGAAGGGGUUAUUGAUCUCAAUGAGGAUUACCAUGUAACGCCUAUCAAUCAAGUAUCACAUAAAACUAUUAAAAGAAACCGUGGUCGUCCUAAAAAUAUUUUAGGAAAUACGUCCGCAAAAACUGGUAUUGAUUUGCGUGAUCAAGUGCCACCUACAAAUCAAAAGAAAAAAUCUGGUCGACCUAAAAAAAUGUUGGCGAGCACUUCUACACGAUCCGGCAAUAUUAUCCCAUCUUUUGCAUCAGUAAUCUAA